GACGGGGUGGUUUCACAGGGAGCAGAGGCAUUUGAGUCAGGGCACACAUGCCUCAGCUGUGAGAGGCCCUACUCCCCUUGGCUGGCUGGCUGGCAUCCCAGAACAGAGGCAGAGAGAGAGAGACACAGAGGGUAGAGUGUGAGGGUGAAUAGAAAGUUAAGGUGUAAAGUAGACUAGGAAGAGGCAAACAAGUGGUAGAGAAAGUUGUCUAAAAGAAAGGAAAAAGGAUUCGGGGCUGAGUUCUGUGCAGCGUGGCUCCUGUAGGUUGUUUUUCAGUUGUGUAUUUUUAUCUGUAGUGAGCGUGCAAGAGGUUUGUAUUUGCAGCUGACAGCCAUGGCGGAUACAGGUGUCAAGAAGGAGCACACAGCCCUGGCAGACGUGCCCUGUGAUGAUGAAGAAGUAGCUCUGGUGGGUGCUGCCACCGAGCCGGCGGUAGAUGAUGAUGACCCUGCCGAGGAGGUGGACCUGGUGCUGGCCACUGGCUCUGGAGGCAAGAGUGAAGCCCAGAUGAACGGGGUCAUGGUUUUGUCACUGCUUGACAAAAUUAUCGGGGUGGUAGACCAGAUCCAGCAGACCCAGAAUGGCCUUGAGGCCCGGCAGGAGGCCAUGGAGAAAUCAGUGUCAACCAUCCAAGGGGAGCUGGCUAAGUUGUCCAAGAGCCACAUCGGCACUGCCAACACUGUCAACAAAAUGCUGGAAAAGGUACGCAAAGUCAGCGUCAACGUCAAGACAGUGCGCAGCAACCUGGAGAAGCAGGCAGGCCAGAUCAAGAAGCUGGAGAGCAACGAGAACGAGCUGCUCAAGAGACGCAACUUCAAAGUCCUCAUCUACCAGGACCAAGUGAAGGCACCAAAGGCGUCCAAAGGCAAGACAGCACAAGCAGUAGCUGAAGGUGAAGCAGUGGAGGGCCUUGAGCAGAUACCUGAGGAAGGACAAGAGGGACUCCCUGCCAACCUCAAUUCAGAUGAGGAGGUGGAGAUUGAGGAGAUUAUUGAAGAGUCUCGUACCAAGCGCCUCCAACGCACCACCAAGCAGCAAGUGGACAACAUAAAGAAAGCUUUCUCCAAAGAGAAAAUGGAGAAGACGAAACUAAAGACCAAGGAGAACUUGGAGAAGACAAAACAGAGAACCCGCGAGAACCUGGAGAAGACAAGACAAAGAACCCGUGACAAUCUGGAGAAAACUAAGCACAACCUGGAGAAGAAGAUUGGCAAGCUCGGGACCCGCAUGACCCCCAACCAGGAGCGCAGGGCGAAGCUGAAGAGCUCCAAAGAUAAGAUGAAGAAGUCCCUAACCCCUGACCACACGGUCUACGCUCGUUCCAAGACCACUGUGUACCGUGUGCCCCCCUUCACCUUCCAUGUUAAGAAGAUCCGAGAAGGGGAGGAGGAAGUGGUGCAGAACACAGAGAUGGUGGAGGUGACCGAGGCCGAGGGCCAGCCAGGGGAAGAGGAGAACGGGCUUGGUGUGCAUGCGGAGGUGGAGGAAGGGGAGCUGGUGAGUGUAGACAGCCCAGAGAUGGAGGCUCUAUUGGAGGUGACUGAGGAUUCUCAGCUGGUCAGUGUGGAGCCAGACCACCUAAAGAAGGCCCAGAGGGAAUAGAGCAUCUCAGCUUUGCAGGGAGAGAUAAAAGGAUGAAGAAGGGAACGAAGUCUCAAUGAAUGAGUCUAAUCACAAGGACACAAUAUUAGUUGUCGGGACUUUCUAGACAUGGUCACAAUCUAUGACAUCUCUUUUGUUUUCUGUUCUCUUUUUAUUGUACCCAGUAGGGAUUACUUUCAUAUUCGCUCCUCUUUAGCAGACAGUAAGAAAACAAAACAAAGCUAGCUUUUGAAACAUGUUGCAGGCUGAAUGGUUAUCCUAGACUUGUAUGUUGAGGAUAUUUGCUGCAGUUGUUGGUUUGAUAAAUGGAAUGGCUAUGAGAAAAAAAAGGUAUAAAUAGUCUUUGCUGUUGAGAUGUAAUGUAUAAAAUAAUAUUUACCAUUUAUGAUAUGCACAUUUAUAGUUAUGGUAACAGGAAGUUGUUGGCAAGAUUUAUGUUCUAAGAGUUGAUGGUUUUAGAUAUGUAAUGUGCAUGUGUGAAACAAAGAAACUGAACAUCAAGGCAAAGAUAAAGCCUGAGAAAAAACAGAUAAAGAACUGAGGAGGCAGGAGGAGAGGAUGUGGACUUGAAGAGUUUACAAAAACAAUUCACCUUACAUGUACAACGCCUGAGGGCAUAAUUCUUAUUUACUACCAGUCGUUCAGGCAUUGUGCCAAAUGUUACGAUGUAAUGCUUUUCAAUGUAAAUUAGGAAUGUAAAGUACUGAAGAAAGAAGCAUAAUGUCUGUUAAAUUAUAUUAGGAAAACUGAAACACUGACAAGAAUAUAUCAGAAUAUGAAUACACUUACUAAUAACACCCCAGUAAAUGACUGAGGUUCAGAAACUGUUGUGAACUUGUGAUAAUCAUUGUAAGAGCUUAAGUUUUGAGUAAAGCUUAAAAAAAAAAAAGAUACAUACAUACAAUCAUAAUGUGACACACAACUGA